AUGACCAAGGGUGUUGUGGUGCGUCCUAUCCUCAGCAAGGAAUUUGCAUCUAGGGGCCAGGUUGGUUUGACUGACAUGCAGUCAGUGCCACACUCCAACUUUAAAUGGAUCAUAGUGUACCAAGACCAUUUCACCAAAUUCUGCAUUCUUUGUCCUCUUCUAACCAAACGUGCUGCAGAGGUUGCCUUCCAGCUUGUUGAUAUCUUCCUUCUCAUGGCUGCCCCUGAUGUUCUUCAAAGUGAUAAUGGCUCAGAGUUCACAUCCAGGGUGAUUCCUAAGCUAAAAGAAAUAUGGCCAAGUCUCACUAUGGUUCAUGGGAAGCCCCGUCAUCCACAAAGACAGGGUUCUGUGGAACGUGCGAAUUAA